CGUUUAUGUGCAGUGGGACACGAAAAAGUAUUUUGUUCGUCGUUUUCCGUGGUAAAAAUCUUCCCUUCUUUCGAUAUAAAUUAAUUCCUCUUCAUUCUCCUCUGGUUAGCUAUUCAAUUCUGGCAGAGAUCUCAAAAAAUGUUUUAACUUUAUGCUGGAACCUGAUCAAGGUCGUAGGUGAUUAUUUUUAUCUGGCAUAUUUUUGUGUUUUUGCUGUAAUAAUUUCCUCGUUUGCAUAAUUUUGCAGAGGCAAGGGACGUGGAGAUCAGACUGAGAUGUAUAAAUCUUAGCGACCAUGUGUGGGCACACUGGGGUUCGAACGUCAACAAAAAGUAAAUAUUUUAAAAAUUAACAAAAAAAGAGUACUUUGAGCGGUGCGCGGUAUCACGUGCCAAAAUUUUAGUGAACGGUGUACGGGCAAGGAUCAACCGAAGCGAAAGUAGCCAUAGUCCUGAAAAUCGAACCCCGGGGUUUUUUGUGUCAUGUUUCUAUGUUAUGUUUAACCUCGAGGAAGCUAAGCCACCUGUACCGUUUGGUAGAAUUUCUCCGCGAACAAGGAUUACAUCACUGCCGCAACUCCGUAAAGGAGAUCAUGUUAUGGAGGAAAGUCCUUUAGGUUACUGGCAUCACUUCAUCGUGGAGAAAGUUCGACCGAAAUUUGCUUGGGUUAUUCACAAGACUGGAGACAUGGAAACCGGAUUGCGAUCUCUUGGAGAAAGUAAUCUCAUGGGGAAAGCUGAGGUGGUUCGAACACGAUUUGUUCUCGAACCUCAACAAGUUGUCUACAGAGUUGAAUACCCUUUGAGCAACACGGAUAGCGUCGACGGAGAGGUGGUUUUUACAGCAGAUGAGGUUGUCCGACGGGCGAGAAAGCGGAUGGGAGAGAGGGAUUAUAACGCUUUUACAAGUAACUGUGAGCAUUUUUGUCGAGAAUGCAAAGCUGGAAAGCCCGAAAGCUAUCAAUCACAUGAUAUAAUUUGGGCCAUGGCGAGACUGUUGUUUGUAUCGUUUCAGGGCAUAUUUGGUGGGGUGUUGUUUUUUGUAGCUUCUGCAACAGGCUUUGUAGCUCAGACCUCAGUGUUGCUCAUUGGACAUGCAGUAGGCCUGUUCAUAGGACUAAUUCAAGAUGCCUUGUGGAUUGCUUACGAGGUAUUUCUGGCUGAUCAUGCCAAAGUGAAGGGUCACGUGACACCUGUUGAGGCUGAAAAGAUCAAAGCAAAGCGAGUGACCCCCAUAGUGUCAGGAUUUUUGGGAGGGGUAGGAGGUGCAGCUUUUGGCUUCUACAAUGUCCCAAUUCCAGUAUUUGGAAGUGUCAUUGGAGCAGUGGCUGGAAACUUUUUAUGUCAAAUUUUAGGUCUUAUUAUUGGCCGCUGGGUGUCAACUCUAUUAAAGUAGGAAGAAAAACAUUAAAAGUACAACUGAGGGAACUUUAAUCAUUUUAACUGUCAUUAACAAAGCUAAUCACAGCAAUGGGUGGUCAUACAUGCAUUUGUCGGACUACAUUCAGGGCUGUCAUUAAGAUACAGGGGCUGGGGAUUUCCCCCAGCUACUUUCAAUGGAAAAUAAAAGAAAAAUAGAACCAAAAGAAACCCGUAGCUGUUUGAUUCACCCCCUACUUGUUGUAUUUACCCGGGAACUUGAAAUCUUAGUGACAACCCUGACAUUAGUAGUUUAAAGUUAUACAGAAACAAGUAACAAAAGAAACGUGGAUAAGAAGGAAUGACGUUUCGGUGUCACCUUGAUGCCAUUUUCAAGUUCAAAAUGAUUGCUGAUAAACUGACAAAAACUUUUUCUGGCUGAUGAUUAGCAUAUACGAAAUAUAAAAAGUCACGCAAAAAGCUUCUCUAUAUGUCCAAUCAGACUCAAUUCGAGCAAAACUUUUUGUGUGACUUUUCAUAUUUUAUACAUGCUGAUCAUCAACCAGAAAAAUUUUUUGUCAGUUUAUCAGCAAUGAACUUGAAAAUGGCGUCAAGAUGACACCAAAACUUUGUUCGUUCUUAUCGACAUUAUUUUUUACUUGUUUCUGUACACUCGUAGAAGGUUUAAAACAUCAGUAGCCUAAAACACAGCAGUGGUUGAUCAUUAACACCGUUCAACACAUGAUGAAUGGUAACAUUCAUUCUAAAACCAAGGUUGCAAGAGGUUCAGUCAAGAAGACUCAAAAAGUGUUUGCUCUCAAAGUACAUGAUUACUUUUAAUACCAUAGUGUAACUCCCCAUUUAAAAAAGAUGGUUAAUCUUCUUGGGGUAGAAAAAAAUACUACCAGUAAAAAUAACUUGCAAGCAACUUGUAAUCACCUUUUUCUGUUUUAUUUAUUGUUACCAAACAAGAACAGGCAGAUUACCAAACAGUGAUAAAUGAAGUUAAAGUGAGUGACUCACAACUACAGUAACUAUCAAUAAGUUGUAUGUUGCUUUUACAAAGCCUGGUCUGCAGUGGGCUGCUACAGGAUCAGAAGCUGUCUGUGUCAGAUGUAUAUGUAUUCAGACAACUCUAGGCACCACAUACAAGUGUUUUUCGUUUAUUUUAGUGAUUGCAGAUAUUCCAACUUUGUUUAACUCAAUUUUGUUGCAAACAUGUCAAGCUUACCAUAUGUCUGCAGUGCAAUAUGUCACAAACCAGUAUGCAGACCUGACCAGCUGGUAAGCAAGUUACAGAGCAUUAAUUUUAGAAACUAACCUUUAAACAUCCCAGACACUUGUAAGAUGGGGCAAAUGAACACAAGUGACAUUCACUUGAAGACAAAUAAUUUUUGUUUCUUAUUGUAAAUAUUAACAUUAAUAGAAAUUAACAUGUACCAUAUUGCCUACUAAUAAUUUAACCCUG